CUUGUUCGACAUUGCAGCCGACAGCGCGGGUGACUGCCGACUCACUGAUCUACAAAUCACCUUGCAUCAUAAAUAACGUUAUUGUUAUUUGUAGAUCAGUCAGUCAGUCAGAAUUUACUCAUGUUACAUCACGGUUUUGAUGCUCUCGAACACGGCCACAGCUUUUACGAGAAACAGAAAGUUGACGGAACAAAGGUUGUUGUUACGGUAUCCAGCGCCCACCUCCAUCAUUUUGAACUCUUUUGAAUGAACACCAAGAACCGACGAAAGUCGUUUUGAACCCACGUUCUUGCUGUAUGCCGCUUGUACGGUUUCUAAGAAGGUACAGUAAACUUCCCAUCUUUCUCCCCCUCUAUUUCCCUCUUUCUCCCCCCCUCUCCUUCCCUCCCUCUCUUCCUCCCCUCUGUCUUUUCCCCUUGUUCCCUUCCUCCAUCAGGAUGUCAUCUCUUCCCCAACCUCGUCAUGUGAUCUGGGAGACAGAGGAGCUGGUGGCCUACCUCCACCCCCGGCCAUGGACCCCAGGCACUACCAUCCUGGAGCCGAAGACCCCCAGGGGCCCCGGUGAGGAACCAAGCCCAGCUCAGGGCAGUCUCUUCAGGCUGGGGGAGGGAGCCUACCUGGGGCUGCUGCUGGGGGCCAGGGCGGUGGGGGCCCUGCUGUGUGAGAGGCUGGGGGUGAAGAGAUGUGCCCUGGUCUGCAGGCCCUGCCCAGACAGUCAUAGUCCACCCCAGAUCCGGGUGCUGCCACUACACGGCCUGGACAGCGAGUGGCGCCCCCACCUGGCAGGAGACGAGCACUACACACACCACGACCCCGGCUACGUCACCUCUAAAAGCGGCCCUCGCUGGACUGACACAUCCCUCCAGGAGAUCCAGGCCGAGAUCCGGGCCCAGCUCCCUGCCCCCGAUGCCCUACCAAACCUCACCUUCCUGGGGGAAGACCCUUCGCACCCCGGCCUCUUCUCCCGGAUCGUCCGUGGAGAAGAGCAGCAGUGGAGGGUGUGGGAGAAUGAGGGACACGUGGCGUUCCUCACCCCCUUCCCCAACGCCCCCGGUCUCACUGUACUGGUCCCCCGUCGACCUCUGACCUCGGAUAUAUUUAGACUCGAAGAGGCAGAUUAUACAAGUUUGGCACUUGCAACCCGGAAGGUGGCCAGGAUUUUGGAGGAGGGGCUAGGAGCAUGGGGGGUGGGGUUGAUAUUCGAGGGGUUUGAGAUUGACUACGCUCAUGCUAAAUUGAUACCUCUGCUCUCUCCGCCCUCCUCUCACCAGGUUGAUGGGGGCUCCACCACCACCACCAGCAGCUCUCCACCUCCUCAGGCCCAGUUUAGUGCCACCUAUCCUGGGUUCGUAACCUCGGAGGAUGGCCCUGAGGCAAGCCUGGAGUGUUUGAAGGAGUUACAGGCCAAAAUCACACAGUAAUGAUAAUGUAAUGUAUCGACAUGUUAUGAAAUAUGUAAUAUGUAUGUAACUGCAUAUUAUGAAGGAUCUGAGACUGGGUGAUUAUAGUAUUGAUGUAUUGCAUUUGACUACAUACAUUCCAAUUGCAUUAUUGGUUGACUUGGCUCCCGAGUGGCGCAGUGGUCUAGUAGCUGUGCCACUAGAGAUCCUGGUUCGAAUCCAGGCUCUGUCGUAGCC